AUGGUAGAUGUGCCGUCCUCACUCAUCUCAAGUACAGGUCCUUCAGGUUCUCCCGCUGGUGGUGAGGCCUCCAUCUCCACCUCCUCCUUCGGCAUUGUCCUCCAUACCUCCCCCACCGCCGCCACCACCACCUCAAGUUGCGGCUGCUCCGGCUACUCUUGCGGUUCCGGUGUUGAUCAGGGAGGAGCCCCGUUGCCAUCCAGGGAGGCCACCCUGGCCCCAGCCCGAGGAAGGAGAGGAACGUGCAGCUGCCGAGGAACGUGGAGCAGCCCGCAAUGCCCACUCCUGCUUUGGCUGAGUCCCGGUUGCCUGAGAGCUGGCGGACAGCUCUUAGAUUCUUUUAUUGUCCCCAGAGGGAUAAUUGUUUUCACACAGUCAGAUUGUCCAGGACAGCAUACAUUACAACUAAUACACCAGCUUACCGUGGAAGAGCAGGAGUGGAUCGGCCGGGAGCUGUUUAAGCCAGACAGCGAGGGGAGGACCAAACUCACCACGGACCUCAAGCUGUGGUGGGACCCCCCUCAGCCCCGCCCGAGUUACACUCAGCCACCCGCCUCGCCAGCUGCCUUCUUCGCGUGUCGGCUGUUCCUCUGGACACCGGUGCGUCUGUGGGGCAUCCGGCUGACAUGCUGCAAUAAGGGCCUCACCAAGUGUGGGCUCUACAAGACCAUCCGGAGGGUCCUGGACAUCGACGGCUGGUACUUGAUGGCCACCGAGUACCUGGAGUGCCGUCGGUGUAAGAAGAAGGUAGCUGCCUGGUCGCAGGAGGUCGUGAGUCACCUACAAGUAAGUAGCUGUCUGAACACUGAGUCUCAUUCACUAAUAAUUGCGUACGUUUUUCAAAUUUAUACGCACACUAGAACUUCUCACGAAAACAAAAGCGUUCGAAAAGGAAGCUAGUGCUGUCCACCGACCGGAGUAACAUUAAAUAAGUAUUGAAUGCGUUAACAAAUAUGACAUUUAAUUAAUAUGAGAGAGACGUGCACCUGUACCUCAAAUAUAACAGACAGAAGAUCAAGUGAUUGACAUUUGGACUUCUCAUUACGUUUACAUGACGUUUAGGCUACAUUAGGCAUUAAGCAGACACUUUCAAAUAGAGAUUUAAAAAGUGAGGAAGGGAAAGCGUGAAGAUUUGACAUUACACCCAUCUUCUUUAUACAGUAUUGUUCAAAAUAAUAGCAGUACAAUGU